AUGGGCAUGGGCCAGCUGGCAGUAGGGGCAGGGGUUCAACACUGAUGGCCAGACAUGGCCCACAUAAUAUUUUAUGGUGAGAGAGAACUUGGCUGGCGGCAGAGUGUCAUGGCCUGUUGCGGUGCCCGUCUGGCGGGCUGUCACUCUACCCAUUGUCCAGGCCCAGCUAGAGACCCAGUCCUGAAGUGUGUCUGAUAGGGUCUCAUCCCAUCCGUUGUGCAGAUUCUGCAGGAGACCAAGUGAAGGUCUGGUUCUGUGGCUGAUCUCAGUGCAUAUCUGACGUGGUGUCGCUCUACCCAUUGCCCAGGCUCAGCUGGAGGCCCAGAGAGCCACCCAGGACUUCCAGAGGGCCACGGAGGUGCUGGGGGCUGCCAAGGAGACCAUCGCCCUGGCAGAGCAGAGGCUGCUGGAGGAGGACACCAGGCAGUUUGACUCAGCCUGGCAGGAGAUGCUCAACCACGCCACCCAGAGGGUGAGUACCGUACUGCAUGGAGGGAAUGGGAUUCUGCGGGGGGCAUUAAUGCAGCAUGACUGUCUAUCAAACCGAAAUUUGACACCUGAAUGUUACUAUUCAAAGGUUUGAGGCAUAAUGUGGAUGGAAAUCGAUGUUUCACAAGUUAGGAAGUCACGUUGUCGCAUUUCUGUGUAGCUGCCAGACUGAGUUCUGAUUGGCUGUUGCAGGUGAUGGAGGCGGAUCACACGAAGACGCGGAGUGAGCUGGUGCACAAGGAGACUGCAGCCAAGUACACGGCAGCCAUAGGCCGCAUGAAGCAGCUGGAGAAGAAACUCAAACGCACCAUCAACAAGUCCAAGUGAGUCCCAUAUGACCGUAUUGCGACCACAACCAAAUCGCACUGUAGUUAAAAGACUGAGAAGUCAAAGUGAAUCUUCUACAACCACUGCAUCAAUUAUCAAAUGGUCUCCGACACACACAUUCACAAAUCCCUGUUUAUUUGUCGACAGUGACCGUUUCCAAGACAUUGAUCUUUCAUGACAUAGAUUUUUCAGUAGCUUGGAAAAGGUCAACUUGAACAAAACGAAUAUAAAUGUGCAACAGUGGAGGCUGCUGAGGGGAGGACGGCUCAUAAUAAUGUCUGGAAAGGAACGAAUGGAAUGGCAUCAAACAUGGAACCCAUGUGUUUGAUGUAUUUGAUACCAUUCCACUUACUCCGCUCCAGCCAUUACCACGAGCCUGUCCUCCCCAAUUAAGGUGCAAGAGUCAUUUUCGACCUUUGAUGAUGAAGCAGUGGCUGUUUUAUUCAUAGCACCACAAAGAGAGACAAUGUGGUGGUGUGCUGGUUAGUAUAUGCUGUCAGGUUUUUACAAAACUCCAUAGACUGGAGGCCUGUUUUGGGGAGGGAGUGUACAGUGUAGAGUAGGGGGUCUCUAAUGUUUCCCAGCUGUGACUGAGAGACUGAGGCUGUUGUGAAUCCAUAUAGUCUUAAAAAGCUUCCUUGUCUCCUUUCCGUCAUGACCACAGGUCAUGUACUUGAAAUGUGUAAUCAGUUUGGUUGAAACCUAGCCAGUCCUCCUACCUAUUAGUGUCAUGAAGAUGAGAUGAGGAAAGAGUCCAGUUUUAGAGUUUUGGGACUGAAUCCGUCUUGCUCUGUGUUGCCUCAGCUCUCUCAGCCUAAUCCUUUCUCCACAGUUAGCUCAUCUAAUGUGAUAGCCAUAUAGCUCACCCUGUUGCCUUGGUGAUAUGUACAGAGCUAUUCCAAGUUGUUUUCAUCGCCUCUAAUCUUUUUUUCCCUUCCUCCCUCUCUUUUUGAUUGACCUCUCUCUCGCAGACCUUACUUUGAGUUGAAGGCAAAGUACUACCUACAGCUUGAGGUAUGUGUGCACUACACUACACUGUAAUUUACCUGCCUUCAUAGACCAUUUUAAAGGUAUUUUAGAUUUAAGGAGUUCUAUUAUUGCCUUGUUAUUGUGGACUCUGCUCCAUGGUUAGAUCUUUACUGAUGUGACCUAGGUCAAUAAACUUUGACCGUGAACAUAUUGCCAUGUCAUCUCAGGUCUAAACCAUUUAUGGCAAUGAUGGCUUUGUGUGUGUGUGUGUGUGUGUCCUUAACUGUGUAUACCAAGCUAAUGCUAAUAAUGACUCCCUUUCUGUCUGUAGCACCUAAAGAAGAACGUGGAUGAGUUGCAGGCCAAGCUGUGCCAGGCCAAAGAAGGGUACAAGACGGCUCUGAGAAACCUGGAGAUGAUCUCAGACGAGAUCCAUGAACGCCGACGCAACUCAGCCAUGGGCCCCCGGGGGCGGGGCGUGGGCGCCGAGGGCGACAAUGUCGCCGGGGAUGACAUUGCCAGCUUCAAGAUGGAGUCGGAUGGCAUCUCCAGUGAGUACACUUACAGUGCAUGAUGUUCUGGUCAUUUAGUUUCUGCGCUUGAAAACUGCAGAAACUGUUCUUGGAACAACUGUCCUACAUAGUGAGGCUAAACAGCCAGCAUUGCCUACUUUUCACUAUUAGUUGGGUACGGCACAUGCAAACGCAUACUCACCCUGUUGACACUCUGACUUGUUCUUCGAAUCCUUUGUAGGAAUUCCUAGAAGAAAUGUGCUCUUUGAAAAAAGUCUUAAUUCAAUCUUCUUUCAAAGGAAAUUCCUGUUGAAUUUAAAAUGCCUGUAUUGACUUUGUGAAGUUGUCAUAUCAUGGGAUCUUCUGCAAAGGUCAUUGGGCACACAAUGCUUUAUUUGAAGGAGAGAUACUUAACUGAAGUCUUUCUUUAUGCUGAAGGAAAUGGUUUUGGUCUUUCCUGCAUGGCAUCGUUCAUGGCACCCAAAUUCCAUGCAUGUCUUAAUAACAACUAGCCUAGAGACAGCUUUACUGUUUAAGCUCCUAUGGUUAAGGUUAGGACUUGAGUAAUGAGACCUGAUCCUGAAUCAGUUAAGUGCUGAAGAUAUACACUGUGAUGAGAUGAGGCUCAACUGUAGUCAGACAAAGAGAGUGGCUGUUCAGAGCAGUGUGUGUCACUGAUCCACUUCCCAUUGUCCUGCAUUAUGGGCUGCGGGAUGAUGUUACCAUGGCAACCUGAGAGACCUACUGCUGGCUGACCCACUCCGACACCAUUGGCUGAGAUUAUGUGGGUUAACGCGCAACAGCAAUAAACAGUAAUAUGCUACAUUUGCUGAUUUGUCUUUUAGUAGAUAUAGUAAAGUGUGUCUGUUUCAAACUGUAACUCGAUGGCAGUAAACAAAAGAAUCUGCGAUUGCACAUAGUUCAAGGUCAUAGAAAACAUGCCUUCAUUCAUACAUUCGCCAUCCAUGUUGGAAUUUGGGGACUUUGACCCCUACACGGAAAAUGGAUCUCAUAUUUGUCUUGAAGUACUGUAUGUCUUUACACUCCCUCUUUCUUUCAGUGUAAAGGAUCUCUGCAGUAUUUCAAGCAGUCUCCCUCUCCCCCUUCUACCCACUGUCUGUCUCCCUUUUUUGUUUUUUCUUCCUACUCCCUUUCUCUCUGUUCCUUACCCUUGGCCCCUCUCUCUCCCUUUUUCACCUAAACCUCUUCACCCUCAAUCUCCAGCUUCCUGUUUUCUCUCUUUUGUAUUUUGUUUUUCUGUGGAUGCCACAUUGAUGCUCUGCAUAUACACUCCUUAGUUGUACAGUAAAGGCUUGUUACAUCUCAACCACUCUUCCCCUCUCUCUGUCUCUGCAGUGAUGUCUGAGUCGUUUGAGGAUGAGACCUGCAGCAGCAGUGCCAUGUCAGAGGAGGACUCAGAGACCCACUCCACCUGCAGCCUGGGCUCCUCCUCCCACUCCCCCAACAGCCCCCAGGACCUCCCCUCGCCCUGCCCCCCCUCCUCUUCCUUCUCCUCCUCGCCCUGUCCCCCCUCCUCUUCCUCCUCCUCUUCUUCCUCCUCCUCCUCCUCCUCUUCCCCUGCUCCCUCCUCACGCCCCUGCAGUCUGGACAUUCCCCGCCCUGUCUCGCUAUCUGACUUCGGCCUCAUCUCGCCUGUCCUGGGACCACGCAGCGAGUGUAGCGGGGCGUCAUCACCUGAGUGUGACCUGGAGAGAGGUAUGUGUGUGUGUGUGUUUGCAUACUGUAUGAGGUGUAAAUAUGCAAACAAGUGAAAAAGGAGAGAUUGAUGGUGUGUGUUUAUUUUCAGUAAGACAUAUCGUCUUCUGCUACCUGUCUGACUAACACCUGAGCCAGAGGAGAGGCCUAUUAGUCAUUGUGACAGCUAUCCUAGUGCUUAGGCCAGAGCAGGUGCAGAGCCACAGGCUAGCAGUACUGCUGGGGGAUACAUCCUAAUCUCCGCUGGGUCCCUAAGAGCCUGCGGAGGGUUCUGGACAAGUGAGAAAGGUUAACAUAGUGGAAACUUUUAGAAAAAGACUUGGGUAUGAUCGUCUACGGGGUGUGUGUGCAGGGCUUCCUACUCACAAAGGAUAUUCAUGACCAGGCUCACACAGCAUACCUGUCUGUGUGUUUCAGGUGAGAGAGCAGAGGGAGCGGAGGGGGAGCUGGACAAUACUGUAAACAACAAGAGCACCACCGUCCCAAACACCAACAAGACCAUGGGCCUGGAGGGCCGCCUCAGCUUCCUGUCUCUUCGACGCUCGCGCAACGACAGCACCAAGAACGCCAAGCGCGAACGCCAAAGCCGUUCCCAGACCCCCACCCAAACUGUGGUCCUGGUCAACGGGAUGUGA